GGUUUUCAUUUCGCUCGGCCAUGCUGGGAUUCAGCCUCUCCAAAAGGGCUUGGCUGCGGGUGCUGGGCCUCCUGGUGGCUGCGGCAGCUUAUUUGCUCCAAGCACAUCGAAGCCUGUCAUCCAGAGCUGUGAGCUACGUGAAACCUGGGCAUUGGGCAGUGGUGCUUGGAGGAAGCGAAGGUCUUGGAGAGGCAUGGGCAUAUCAGCUGGGGCACCUUGACAUGAACCUCAUUGUAGUGGCCAGGCGCGAGAAGCCUUUGGAAGACGUUCGAAAAACCAUUCAUGAGAAGAAGCCGGACCUGAAGGUGGAGCUUUACAAGCGAGACUUGGCGCGCCUGAACGAGAGCAGCUUCUCUGAGAUGCUUGAGGGACGCGAUGUUAGAGUAAUGAUCUACAAUGCAGCAUAUGCUGGAACAGCGGGGCGUUUCUUGGAAGCGGACGCAGGCGACUUCUUGUCCUCCAUCGACGUGAAUGUCAAAGGUGUGGCUGCUGCCACCCAUGCCUUCGGCAAGCAAUUGAAAGCACGAGGCGUUCCAGGUGGCGUUGUGCUGAUGUCAUCGAUGGUGGGCGAAAUAGGAUCUGCUUUUGUUGCAAACUAUGCUGCAACGAAGGCGUACAUCACCACCUUGGCCGAGGGCCUCUACGACGAAUGGUGGUCGCAAGGCCUUGAUGCCUUGGCCUGUGUGGCUGGAGCGACCAUCACCCCGACCUAUUUGAGCAGCUUCUCCGACACUGGAGCCCGUGUGUCCUGGAUAGAGCAGGAGCCUUUUGAAGUGGUGUCUGAGUGCCUGGCCAACCUGGGGAGGACUUCAGCCGUGGCAACUGGAGCGCUGAACAAAGUGAUCCUCCUGAUCUUUACGCGAUUACUUCCUCGCACGGUCGCGACGCAGGCAGCUGGCCAAGAUGCUGUAGGAUCUGUUGACCUACUACGUACCGGUUGAUACGGUUGAACAACCCAUGCAAACAACCCAGAGAAAAAACGAUCGGCUUGAUACAUCAAUUAAGUUUGUCUGUGUGUGUUUGACUACUACAUGCAUUGUAUUGAACCUGGAUGUUUCUCACUUUGUGAAGCUGCAAUGUCGCCAAUCAUUCCUUGGUCAAUUUGCUCUCACUUUCUAAUUGCAUGCAAGGUAACGCAGGCUGGCUUCUCAAAAUUCCUUUGUUGUGUUGGCACACUGGAGAUUUGGAAGAUCCAUUCCUGUCCAAUCCACGUAUCUCCUUUGUGCGUAUUGCAGAUCUUUGGCCACCAAACCAGCAAGAUGCUUGGCAUUGCGUGAGGCCAAGCAUUUGAAUCCUCACAAUGGAUGCAUUGACUGAAUCAAACACUUCGACGUUUGUUUCAGAACGUUAGUACAACCACAAGCCUUGGGUGC